AUGGCCCCUGGAGUUGAGACGACGACGUCGAAGAUGAAGAUUUCAACUAAGGAGGAGCACCCGGUAGGUGCUUCACACGGUCAUGAAGAAGGCAAGUCGGAAGCGACGCACAGUCCUGUGCUCAUUGAGCAGCCCGGUACCGCUGAAUCGAGCAAACUUGAUGGCAGUGGCCUACGAGUCACGAUCGUAGCGGCCCGAUGGUACCAGAAGGUGAUCCAGUCGCUGGUGGACGCGUGUUCGGACGAGUUGCUGGCCAAGGGUGUGGCCGAGGAAGAUCUGCACGUCGUGGAGGUGGCCGGGGCUUUUGAACUGCCAUUUGCUGCUGCUCGGCUGGUCCACUGCAAGGAUGCAAGCCACCGUCCGGACGCUGUGAUCUGCAUCGGUUGCCUAGUGAACGACGCUACGCACACGUGCGAGACCAUGAGUCACGCUGUGGCCAACGGGAUCAUGAAGCUGAACGUGACGUUCGAUACGCCAGUCAUUUACGGCGUUCUAUGCUGCGAUAGCGAGUCACAAGCCUACACGUGUGCGGAGAAGCGCUCGUGCGGGGCUGGCGAAGACCAGAAGUGCAACCACGGCGUGGCCUGGGCCCAAUCGGCUUUGGAGAUGGCGCAUUUGAAGCGCUGCUUGUCAGCGAAGAAGCUGGGACACUUUAUGAGUCGUGGCGGUGGCAAACACAAGUCCGAGAAACCUGCGAAGCAAGAAUAUGCCAAGCACGACGUGUGUUCGACCUGCGGCUCGUCGGCAAAAGAGUGCACGUGCAAGGACUGCAAGUGUCGAGUGUGCUGCAAUCACCGUGGAGACUGUGCGAGUUGCACGUCAUCGGCGGAAAACUGCUCGUGUGAAGAUUGUAAGUGCAGUUCGUGCAGCUGCAAGCGCGAGGCCUGUCGUGGCUGUGGUUGUCCUCCGGACAAGUGUUCGUGCCAAGGAUGCAACUGUGUUGUGUGCGCUGCCAAGGAAAAGGCUAGCAAGAAGAUGCCGUCGACAGAGAUGGAUGCCAAGGAGAAGGCUGGACAGAAGAUGAGCGAUCACCCGUCGAGACAGGAGAUGAGUCCGUCCGGCGAUCAGGCGAGUAAGCAUGCGACCAGCGCUAGUAGUGGCGGUGUGCAGCAUGGUCAGUGCAUUGAGUGUGGUAGCCCCAGCGGCCAGUGCAAGUGCGGCUUGCUGCACUAA